AUGGCUCAUUCUUACAUUCGUCGACGCCUCUUUGUGUCUAUAGCUGGUAUAUGCGCCGUCUUCCUGUUUUGGACUUUCCCUGCAGUCCGUAUCAAGGGCUAUACGGCACUUGGUCUUUCCUUAGGCCCGUCGUAUCGACAACUGUACGGGGAGAUGGAGCGUCUGUCACAACAUGAUCUCGCAUUACCCUUUCCAGAAGGCAAAAACGGUCGUUAUGUUAAGUUUUCCGUGCAAGCGAACUUUCUGGGGUGGAAUAACUGUCUCAACGAACGGCUAAUGAACGCCCAUCUUGCAUAUGUCUCUGAUCGUGCAUAUGUUUUCGCUGACUACUGGUGGGCCCCAGAACACUACCCAUUCCCUCCCGCACCAAGGUCCGGCACUAGAACCCCAAUGAAUGCCCUUAUUGCUGGCCCAGUCGUUGGCGGCUCUUGGCACCCUGAGAAGACCCUUCCAAUUGACCCUUUGCAUACUAAUCCCCCUCGAGCAAUUUCGGAACGAUGGUGGGAAACCGUUUGCCCACCUUCCUCUCGUCGGCUCAUCAAUACGGAAGACAUCAAACCGCACAUCCUUGGCGGCUUGGACCACGCUCCAGGCCAGCUCAUUUUCGAUACGUGGCACAAGAUAUUGUUGUCAGCAAACGAGAGUUGUGUCGAGAUCACAUACACUUCUCUGAAUAACGACACUUUCCCCCAAAUAUUUGAUCUACGGCUUUGGGGUGGUCAACGGAUACUAGACCUGUGGGAUGCCUUUUCAAGAUCUCCUGUCAGUACGCUCCUCCGACCAUCUCAGAUUGUGGUUUCGGCCGUCCAGAACAACAUAGAGCUGGGUAUUUUUCACGCAAAGCCAAACCUUGGACGACUUCCGAUGCCGAAAGCUGACGAUGAUGAUCCGUUUCGCCGUAUGUUGGCGGUCCAUCUUCGACGUGGAGACUACGUUCAACAUUGUCCGUUCCUUGUGGGAGUGGGUGCUGGUCAUUACGGCUGGUCCCAGUUACCGUUUCUUCCCGACGUUGCCAAACACCGACUACCCAGCUCGGAAGAACCUGAGGGAAAAGCAACGGCGUUCAAAAUGUGUCUUCCACAGAUACACGAAGUCGUAUUGCGGGCUCAAGAGGUUAAGCAAGAUUGGGAAAGGGUCCUGGGAGCGCCGCAUCUUGACAUCAUAUAUCUUCUUACCAACGAGCGGGGGGAGUUUCUAAAUCAUCUCAUUGCGGCUUUGCUGCGUAACGGGUGGCCCACAGUCAAAACAACGCGCGACUUGCAGUUGAAUGACGAAGAGCUAGAUGUUGGAAUGGCAGUAGACAUGGAGAUAGCCAAACGAGCCGAGGUCUUCGUUGGAAAUGGGGUCCGUGCUUUCUAUUCAAUUUCAGCCGAUUUUCCUAAUGCACUGUCGUUUUCCAGUGGUCUUCGUUCACCAGCAAUGUGGUUCAUCAGCGGCUUGUUCGGCAAUGAGGCCUUCUACGAUACCCUCGCCCGCUCAACGCUCCCUGGAUUCGAGGAUGAGGCCAGGGCCUUGAUAUCUAAAGGGGAAGCCACCGUGGCGCGUCUAGAAAAGCAGAUUGCUGCGCUGGAAGCCCUACGCGACCAAGAACUAGCAAAUCUUGCGGCCCUCAAGUAUUCGAUAUCACCUGUUCGACUACUGCCUCCGGAAAUUCUUUCUGAAAUCUUUCUGGAUGUGGUGGAAACUGCACCAGAAACGAUGCGGUUCAGAGCAGCCCUGAUAAUUUCGGCAGUCUGCGUUUACUGGCGGCAGCUGGUCCUGAAGACACCACGAAUGUGGACGCCGCGUGUAAUCAUCAAGCACUCAAGACCUCGAGUGCCACAUGCUCUGGCCACGACGCAAGAAAUAUUGGAGCGGUCCUCACCGUUGCUUAUCGGUAUCGUGAUUGUCUCACCAGGAUUCCCUUAUACGAAUUCAAGUUUGAGUCGGAACCUCGAAUUAAAGACCGCCAUUCAGCCUCUCGUUGAUGUUGCGAUGUCUGCCGCCAGUCGUUGGAAGGAUUUGACCGCAAACUUCAACAUUAUCCCAUACCUCGCAGCCAUUGGAGAGGAUGACUCGUUCACACCUAAAAAGACUCGAAUUGGAUUUGUGCAACACAAGCCUUUGCGACAAAGGUUCGGAAUCGCCCAUCUCCCGCCAGUGGUCGCAACUUACCGCCUUGAAGCUGGAGCGUAUUUCCAAAUCCUCGCAGCUCAUCAGUCUACUCGCCCAAUGCACAUCCGUUGUCAACCUGCACGUGUCCGCGUUGUUUUGCCCCAUCUCGAGACUUUGGCCGUGGUUCUUUCAGAUCGGCAUACAUUGGACCCCUUCUUCAUCGCCCUCAGCUUUCCCGCACUGAUCGAGCUCUCAAUCACGCGUGUCUCUAGCAGUAUGGGUGGCUUGGCUCUUGCUAAUUCCCUCAGUCGGAGUCGGAGGCUUUCAACGCUCGUCAUCCAGCAGUCGGACAUCAAUAGUGAUGACCUGCUCCAAAUAUUGGGCAGCACGCCAUCGCUCACCACGUUGGAGAUUUCUUAUUGCUUGGAAUGCAUCGACGAUGCGCUCCUGGAAGAGCUGACAUACCAACCCGACACCCCAAUGCGGCCUCUUAUUCCCUUCCUUUCGGCACUGCGCCUUGUGAGGAUCGCGGACAACCAUGAUGUCGAUGUACUUGCUGCGAUGAUUCAGUCCCGCUGGUGGCCGGACACGGACUUUACCCAAUAUUCAGUGACCCGACUUCGCUCGGUGCAUAUUGAAGCUUGGGAUGACGACAUACGAGGGCUUUCUGACGACUUCGAAGCUAUGAUUACCAGCUUGCGGGACGAAGGACUCGAUGUAUUGAUCCGCUGA